CACAUUAGCACCGCGGGCCGCCCAGGCACGACGCAGAUCUCAAUGCAUCUUUACCACCGCGACACCCAUUGAUCUUGUGCCGACGUCUUAGCGCACGCAGCCCUAAAUUCUCUAAGAAUUAAUCGGUGUCGGGUGUCGUGAGUGGCGCGUGUGAGUGACGGUGUGUGCUGUGGCAUGGGGUAGAGAUGGGAGCAGGACACAGCGCUGAGGGCGACGGCGGCGCGUACGCCAGCGACCCGCCCGCCCAAAGCCGCCGCAAAUCUCGUACCAGGAGGCGAAGGCACUCGGUGGACUCGGUCGCGUCGUAUUCUAGCCAGAAUCACGUUGACCGUAUAAGAGCGCAGAAUUACUCAACGGCUUCUUGUCAAGACGAAGGCGACUUCGGAUCGAUCAAGACAAGCCUAUUCAGACGAUCUGUAGAAUCAAACAAACGGCCGGAAAGCGUUACAUCUAACUCCAGCUCCACAAGAAGCCGUCUUCGAGAACUUGUCGAAAGGAAAUCGGGUCAGGACGAGCACAAGACCGCGGCGAACACCGUUGGUGACAUACAAUAUUUUGAAAAUCCUGCUGAAACAUUAGAGUUUGAUAAGCCGCGUAAUUCUUUGGAUUCAAAGAAGAGUCAAGAGGCACGCCCCAAAAAAAGAAAACUCUCAAAGGGCAAAGAAAAAGAAGAAAGCAAUACCAAAACAAAGAGCGAAAAGUAUCAAAGUAAGCUUGCUGAAUACUACAAGCUUCCUUUACAGUUGCCACAGGACGAAUUUUAUCAGCAUCUAACAAGAUCAAAGGCAGCCGAAGAACUCUUGCAAAAAAGGUUUGCUAAUUCUGAUUCCGAAUUCUGUAAUAGUUACGGAAGACUGUGCAAGCAUAAAGAACCGGAAGGAUCGAAUUUAAGACGCAGUCGAAGUUUAGCUGUGAUCAGAGAAGAAACCUUCACCGACCUUCAAAUCCAAAAUCACGGCAAAAGUAAGAGGUCACAACUCAUUCCUCGCGCCCGUUUAUUUGAAAAGCCCUGCUUCAAAGACAGGUUGAUCGGUCGUGCUAAAUACCAAAAAAAAGAAGAAGUUCUGGAAAGUAUCUACAUUGACAGUACCGCUUCUUGUUUUGGCGAUAUAAAUGCACACAGAAAAAGUCCCGAACAAAAAGACUGUACAACUGAAAAAGAAGACGCCGUCUCUCGUAACGACAGCCAACGGUCUCAGUCGGUUAGCGGGAGCUGGCCGAAUUUAAAUGAAGAAUCUAAAGUUACAAAUAAAUCACAAGAGAGUCUAAGCAAUUCGCGUCAUCCUAGUGAAAUUGAUAGUUUAGAUUCAAAUUACGUCAGGAAACACUACAAUUUUGAAGCACAUAGGCAAAAUUACAAAGAUAGCUCACCUGAAACCGAAAGAUCUCUUGUAUCACCGAAUCCAAGUAAAGAACUCUAUGUAACCACAGACGAACAUUGCAGUGAUAACGAAGACAAAAACCGAUCAGAAAUUAACACUCCAAAAUCUUAUACUAACGACAGUCUUACACGCAGCGAAAAAGAUAAAAACGACGAAUUUCCAAACGUGACUAAAGCUGACACUUACGAUAAUUUUUCGGCGCAAAGCAGCCAGAGGAACGACACAACAAUUCUAGUAGUACCCGAAGGAACUGCAGGAUUACAUACAGUAAAAUCCGAAAAUGACGUACAAUCUAUAGUUUCUGAAAACGACGGAACUGUUUCUAGUCUUCCUGAUAGUGUAACGUCGUACAUUUCAAUUUCUAUAGCUUCAUCAGAUAAAUCCCAUAAAUUAGAAUAUUUAGCCAAUUCUUUGGCUGAGAAGAUUGAUGAAUUUUGUGAUUCGCAAUUCAACGAAAACGUUUCAGUCGCAUCACAAGCUUUCAAUUCUGAAACUAACAAUACCAAUGAUCCAAUAUACACAACAAUAAGUAAGAAAAAAACCUUUGCGGACAUCCAUAGAGAUUCGUUUUUAAAUAAAAACAAAAACCUAUUCAACGAAAUCCUUACAAAACAAAACGACGAAGUUUACGUAAGCAGCACAUACAUCGAAGGUGAUACUUACUCUACGAAGAGCCAUUGUACAGCAAAAAAUAUCACAACAGAACCUUUUGUGACUACUUUGAUAGAAAAUCAAUAUUAUUCAUUACCUGACAUCAACAUUAGUAAGUGUUUAAGGAAAUCAGAAAGAAUUGAUGCUCAAUUAAGGGAAGAAGAUCCAGACGACAUACCCAGCGAGAAUACUUAUGAAGUAGCGCAAACCCACUUUCAAGAAAUAUUAUCAUCGAAAACUACGGAAAAUUACGGUCAACUAAAUAAAUCAUUUAAAAAUCCCCCUACAACUAAAAUACAAACUAGUAAUUGCAUAUAUUUACCUGGAUUUUCGGAGCCACCAUUCAUAGAAACUUUUACAAAACUCGAAGACGACCUAAAAUCAAUCAGAACAAUUGAGAGUUCUAACGGUGACGAAAAAGAUUUAAAUUAUUUUCGUGGUGAAAAUCAUCAAAACGAAAGGGAAAUAAAUGAAAUUGAAGGUACUAUUAGGAACAAUAAACUAAUUACAAAAUCAGAAAGUUUGAGAAUAAACACUAACUCUGAUUACAAAACAGAUGUAAACAUAAUAAAAUCUCUAUCGAAUGACAAUAUAAACGUGUCGUCUCAAGGCAAGAAAAAGAAAGCAAACAUCAAAAAACAUUAUUCACUUCGACAGCGCGAUCCUUCACCAGAAGAAGCAAUUCGUAUACCUAGUCCUCUAACAGUGGAGAAAUCUUUGAACAAACAAUUCACCACUGAACUCAUAAAACCUUCAACUGAAGAUUUAAUUAAGCAAUCGCUGCUGUCUCGCGUGCAAUCGUUCAAGACCUCAGCGGCCUCUAAUAUAGCUUUGUUACCACUUAGUGGUCAUCAAACAAUCGUUAUCGAUCCGCCUGUAAAAAACGACCUGAACAAUAAUAAUAAACAAUCGAUACCGAUCGAUCGAGUAAUUCAACAAAAUUCUUUAGAAACUUUAUCGCAUUCUAUAAAAGAGCUACAAACAAACAACGAGAAACAUUCUGAAAAUUUUGACGAAAUUCAACAUACAGGUGACGACAAAUUUAUCGAUACAUCUAGCCUUCGAACAUCUAAGGACCCUUUCGUAACUAUUAAACUUAAUAAAGUUGUCAAAACUACAAUACCAACAUUUAAAAAAGAAACCUGUGAAAAGUUAGCUUUUGUUCAGCAAAGAUUCGAUAAACCACCUCCUAAACUAAUAAUAAAAGAUACUCAAAAAAAGGAAGAAUUGUUAGUAAACGCUUUAAAUAAAGAAAAAAGAAAAGAAAAACAAAUAACUAUGACGAGACCGCAAGUUCUCCAGGUAGUAGAUUCCAGAAAUAAAAUGCAAAAAGUGACAAAUUUGAACAAAAUCGCUGAUACAAACGCUACAUCUAGUGAUAUCAAGAUGGAUACCAGCCCAGAGUACAAAGACUAUAAAGACAGUAAAAAUGAAAGCGACGUUAAGCUAAGCGACGCUAUAAAAACUGAUAUAGAAUAUCAAGAAAAGAUUAAUUCCGUUAAAAAUUAUUGGUCUAAGCUCAUAGACAAAUCACCGGAAUUAAAGGAAAUCAGUGAACAAGACAAAGUCAUCGAAGAUCAUUUAAAUCGUACCAGCGUAACAGACUCUCAGACAGGUCGAGAAAUAGAAAAGGAAAAAUUUAUAUCGGAUUUAUCAGUGGGAAGUAUCAUAAAAUCUUUGGAAAGUGUUAAAAUUGUUGACAGUAUACGAAAAAUCAGUCAAACGAAAUUACAACUAUGGAAAGAAGAAACUGAAAAAGUAAAAAGCGAUUCAGAAAUAGAGGAAACCCCUGUAGAAAAAAUUGUGAAGGAAUUUGAUGCAAAUAUUUAUGAGAAACCAAAAACUACAUCAAAUAUUUCCGAAACAGACUCAAACAGAGACACGCCUGAAAUUGAAAUAGUAGAACUAAGCAGUGACGAUAAUCAAAAUCAAAAAACACAAGCUACCCUUAUCAAACCAAAGGGUUUUGAUAAAGAAUGCGAUGAUUUCGACCAUGUUCGUUAUAAAGUAAUGAAAUCGGAAUUAUUUAAAAAUAGUAUGAUUGCGAAUUACCGUAAAGAAGCUCAAUUUGAUGGUCUACUACAAUAUCUUCAGGAUUACAGUUUUCAAGAAUUAUUGGUCAACAAUAAUAUUGUUAUAAUUGAACCAGUGCGGACAAAAAUAGAACCGGCUCCUAGAAAAGCCACUGAUACGCGUAAAAUUCCUCCGACUCUAUUGAAGAGAAAUGAAGAUAACAUUUCACAAACAGAUAAAGCCAAAAACGCCAUAAAAAGACAUUUCUUCUAUCAUCCCAUCAGAGUAAAUAAAGAAAUUAUAGAAGAAGAACUACCUAAUCCUGAUACUGUGAAAAAGGUGAGGAAUUUGUUCGAGGACACUUUAAAAAUGAAAACACCGAUGGCUCAUGACCCACCACUUGUUGAUGAAAUUGGCCUAACUAGACGAGCAACAUCCUAUAGAAAUCUAUGCGAAGAUGUGCAGGCAAAUAACAAAAAUAGCGGUAGAAAGAAAGUGAUCAGACAACUUACAAUAGAUACGAACUAUGGUGGUAAAAAAUGGGAUAAUGCUAGUCUUUCGAGUGGAGUUUCCAGUGGAGAUCUAAGUUCUAACAACGAAUAUGAAACAGAUGGUCACAGUCCAUUUCCACAGAAGCAAUUAAAAGACAAUGUUUAUAGUUCAAGUGAUGAAUAUCUUUGUGAUUCGAUGAGCCAAGAUUUUUGCUGCGAAAGUCAGUACGUGAGUCCAGACAUAUUAAAGAAAAUACGAGAAUGUGGUACAUCGGUAACAUAUUAUGGUGGUAAAGUUGUGAAUUCGAAAACGAGUGUGAGUCCUAUGACGAAGGCAAUCAUGGAUGAAAUUAAGAGUUUACAGAAGAACUGUAACCGAGACUGCUUUUCAUGUCAGACAAAAUGUCGUGGUGACACAUGUUCAUGUCUGGUUGCAAGCAAACACACUCAAGUUGUGACAGAGAAACAAAAAUCUAAAUCGUCGUUAGAAGAUUUGAGUGAGGAGAGAAAUAAAAAAGCAGAUUCAUUUCCUGGAUUCAAGUUUAAGCUUGUGAAGUCGAAUAGUUGUAGUAGCCGUCUUGAAUUAACAGGGACUGACGAAUGCAAGGACCCAAGACUAAAAUAUAGAAAACAACUUUCUAAAGAAGAUCCUCCCUUAGUAUGUGACAAUGAGAACUCGGUAAAAAAUAAAAUAUGUAGGAUAGAGAGUUACAGCAGAACUACGACAAAUUCUGCCGUAGACAAUAAGAAUAAUGAAGUAACAAAAGUAAUUCUGAAAAAGAAACAAGAAUUUAAACCUUAUGAUGCAACGAAUACAAAGAAAAAUGAAAAUAAUUCCUCUCAAGAUGCACCCGUUAUCGUCAACUUCAGCAAAAAAGAAGAAUCAAGUGAAAGAGACACCGAAAGUGUGGGUAGUUGCAAAACAUCGACAUCAGAUACAUCAUUGGACCCACAGAGUUUCGAGAAAAAAUAUUACUAUGUUAACGAAAAUUCAGACAAGAACAAAGAAAAAACCACUAAAUUUGGAGAAAUGGUUUUUGAAGAAUUCGAAGUUUUAGAAACGUGUUACGAUAGUUUAAAUAGUAAUAAGUCGUUAAAAUAAUGUUUUAAUAAUUUAGGCUUAAGCUUUCGCGGUGCGCAAAUCUUGAUCUGUUUGUAUUGAAAAGUUAUUAAAUUAUUACUAUUACUACUUACUAGGUAAAUAACUCCGUAAAUAUUAGCUUGUCUGUUUAUGUUUAUUAGUUGAUAGCUACAACGUAAGAACUACUCACAUAUUUCAAAAUAUAGAUUUACUGGUGAUGGUCUUUAAAUUCUGUGUAAUAUUUCAAUAAUAAAGUAAUUCAGUUUA